AAGAGGCUGGAGGUGCUCACUACUCUCUUCAAACUGAAUGAGCAUGGGUCAGGGAUUCCCAGGAGCGGGUGGCGUUAUUACUUAUACAAGGAUGCAUUCAGAAGAUCCUUUAUUGUUUUUUUCCUCUUUCCUUCUGCUAAUUACUUACCCUGGCAUAGAUAAGGGGGAGGGAAAGUAUUUCUCCCAGGAUAGGUGAUUCUAACACUGGAGGGCAUAGGUUUAAGGUGAGAGGGGAAAGAUUUACAGAGGUCUGAGGGACAGUGUUUUCCCCUAGUGGGUAGAUGGAACAAGCUGUCAGAUGAAGUGGUAGAGGCCAGUACAAUUAUGUUUAAAAUACAUUGGUAGUAAAAGCAGAGGUUAAUGGGCCCAAUGCAGACGAAUUGGACUAGCUCAGACAGACACCUUCGUCAACAUGAGCAAGUUGGGCCAAAGGGCCUGUUUUCAUGCUGUAUAACUCUGUGACUCUGGCCUACAUUCCUGAUGUUCCAGAUACCAACCCCGGCUCUCUUUCUAGAGAAAUGUGAUGAUGAACCAUCAGGAUAACCGGACAAUUGAAUGCCUUAUUAUCACAGCUUUACUGAUAGCACAAUAGUGACUGCAUUUUAAAACUAUCUCUGACCAUAAAUGUAUUAAGGUCAUGAAAAGCAAUAUAAAUGCAACUUUUUCUACUCUUAUUUGUGAUACAAUUUCUGCUUGUUGAUUUAUUUUAAAUGCCAUUUAUGAGGAAAAUAAUCUGUGACAUUCAGGUUGUUGAUUUAUUUGCAGAAUAGACAAUAAGUGGAUGUGUUGGACAAUUCUAAGUUUAAUUUUGGACUCUGACAUCAAUGUGAGCCUCGUUGGAAAGAAAAAUGAAAUCUGCUGGUUGAUGGAAAUUUGUGAGGCUAUAGAGAGAAAGCAGGGAUUGUAGAACUAAUUGGAUUUCUGAAUACACAAUGGGCUAAACUGUCUCCUCUUGUGUUACAUAAUGAUUCAUUUUGUUCGCAUUUUGUUCGCAUUUUUAAACUGAAGCUUUCUAAUUCAGCAGUGUGGUUUGAUUUAGGCAAAGGGAAUAAAUGAUUUAAAUUACCAUCUUUGAUGCCCUGCCAACAAGUUGGGUAUGCUGCAGUUUUCGUGGCAGAUUCCGGUGAAAUAGAUAACCUCUAGUGUCACCAAAAGAGACACGAAAUGCAGGGUACAGGAAGGGUGGGGGUAAAGGAGAGACAUCCGACAGAGAUAAAUGCGACAGGCUGCAAAUAAGAUACACUUAUUAAUACAGUGCAAACUGCACGGUACUUCAUAACUCUCAGUGGCACAAAGAUAUGCCAGUCAAAAUCUGGGGAUCUUGCCAUUGGACAGAAGAGAGAAGGGGCUGUCCAAUGCUAAGAGCUGUGGAGAAGGGACAUUCAGGUGAAGGUCUUUGACUGAGGGAGUGUGAGAAUGGAGAAGAGAGAGGACAACAGAGAGAAUAGGAUUUGAAAUAAAAUAAACAGCUGCAACAAGUAGAAUUGGAUCUCAGUGAAAACAACUGGAAUCUUGUACAGUCUGCAGGUUUUCUUCUGGAGGUUGAAGCUGGCCUUUGAGUGCACCCACUCUUGUCAGAAUGGGUGAGGUACGUUGAUGAACGGUGCAGAGAUAUCCUCACCAUGUUGCAGAUAUGCAUGCCAUGGCUCCAGCUCAAGACUGCACCAUCUUUGGCCUUGAGUGGUCUCUUGCUGCUGUUAUCUUCAGUUCAAGCGGCCACCACCACAUGUCCCAGAAGCUGCCAGUGUUUUGCAAAGAAUGGCAAGUUUGUACGCUGCACUGGCAAGAACCUGAAAGAAAUUCCCAAAGACCUCCCUGCUGAUACUGUGUCCUUACACCUAAACUCCAACAGGAUAACCAAAAUACCCAACAAUGCCUUCAAGGACUUAAACCUACUCAAGGAGCUGGAUUUAUCCAAAAAUGCCAUUGAGUCAAUAGAUACUGGAGCAUUUAAAGGAAUCCCAGAUGGCCUCAAGAUGCUCGAUCUGUCGAACAAUCAGAUCCAGAGUGUACCGAAGGAGGUCUUUGGUAAAAUUAAAGCGAAGAUCCGACUCUCCAACAACCCAUGGCACUGUGAAUGUACGCUGCAGCAGGUCAUCAAAGAGUUGACACUGGACCCAGAGACAGUCAACGACUUCAUCUGCCAGUCCUCCGUGCAGGAGGAAUACACAGGAAAGCCAAUCAUUCAGAUUCUCAAUUCAGGUAUCAACUUCUGCAACAUUCAUCAGAAGACGACUGACAUCGCCAUGUUCAUCACCAUGUUUGGCUGGUUCACCAUGGUCAUAUCCUACAUCGUGUAUUAUGUGCACCAGAAUCAGGAAGAUGCCAGGCGGCACCUUGAGUACCUGAAGUCCCUUCCCAGUACACAGAUCACCAAGGAGUUUGACACAAUCAGUACUGUACUAUGAGGUGGAUUAUCCUUUGUAGCCUGACACCAAUCCAACCUUAAUACUGGAUGAGUCAGUAGGAUUCCUGGCUCAACCACAAGUGCCUCGUUAGCUAAUUAGAGAUUGUAUGCUCUUAGACUUUUUUUUAAAUACUUUUUUUGUGCGUUGAAGUUCCUAAUAAAGCUGUCAGAAUAAAUGAUUGUUUUGACUUAGUGCAUGA